AUGAUUAUAUCAGAUAGGGAUCCUCAUAACACAGAUGCCUUAAGUGAUUUAGUACAAGAUCAAAAUGAGUAUAAUUCAAGGGAAACUCAAUAUAGUACUAUGAUGAGGCAGAAAUCAAGAAUUAAAUGGGUGAAGGAAGGAUCAACAAAUACUCAAUUCUUUCAUACUAAUAUCAAAGUGAGAUACUCCAAAAAUCUAUUUGUUGAACUGGAAGAUGAAAAUGGAAAUCUUGUAUCUGAUCAAGAACAAAUUGCAGACCUUUUGCUUAAAUUCUUUGAAAGAAAAUUUCAGUAUCAAGAAGCUACAAUUGAUGAAUCUUUACUUGUUGUAAUUACAAAAAUUAUCACUGAUGUUGAUCAACAGAUGCUUGAAGCUUUACCAACUGCAAAAGAAAUCCAUCAAGCAAUCUUUGAUAUUGAUGAAGAAAGUGCUCCAGGUCCUGAUGGAUUCUCAGGUAGGAUGGGAACUUUGAUCUCAAAACUUAUAUCUCCUCAGCAGGUAGCCUAUAUUAAAGGCAGAAGUAUUCAUGAGAAAAUACUUAUGGUUUCAGAACUUGUGAAUGAAAUGAAAACAAAAAGAAGAGGAGGCAAUUGGCUGCAAAUUUUAUUUGAAUCUGCAAGGAUUUCUGUAAUGGUAAAUGGUGGUCCAAGAGGUUUCUUUUCUAUGGGCAGGGGCUUGAAGCAAGGAGAUCCAUUGUCUCCUAUUUUGUUCAUUCUAAUGGAGUAG